AUGCCUCAGUUCCUGGAAGAUGUCCUCUGUGUGAUCGAGGCAUUCCACAAGUAUGCCAGGGAAGAUGGUGAUGAGGCAACAUUGACAUGCGGAGAGCUGAAACAGCUCAUCCAGGGCGAGUUUGGGGACAUUCUUCAGCCAUGUGUCAUUCAUGCUGUGGAGAGAAACUUGAAUCUUCUGGCUAUUGACAGUGAUGGCACCAUCAGUUUUGAUGAAUUUGUUCUUACAAUCUUCAACUUGUUGAACCUUCAUUAUCUUGACCUACAAUCAUUACUAAAUUCAAGACCAAGACAAGUGUCUAAACCAGAAGAGAAACCAGGUGAUAUGGAUCUCCAGGCAGCCAGCAGAACUGGCCAGUGGCCAAAGGGGACUCCACCCACUCAAGGUAAAGUAGUGCUUUCUUCGGGAAUAGUGUCAUCAGCUCAGCUCAGCCCUAAGGAAAGAGGACACAAGAGGGUGGAACCACAGGAAGACAUCAAGACUCACAAACUGCCAGGAGAAGAGUCUGGGCACAAUGACUCUAAGAACCAACACCUGGAAGGAGGUGAGCAGAGUCAGGAAGUGACCCAAGGUGUAUCAGCAACAGGAGACAAAGGGGCCCAAAUUGAGACAAAUAAGCCAACAGCAGGAUCAGAACAGACUGGCAGUCCCACAAAGGGGGAAGAGGGACAGGAUAAGGAGAUUCCCAGGGAAGGGGAUAAACCAGCCAGGGAGCAAAUUGACACUAAGACAAGAGAUCAGAUUGAAGAACAGGAAGGAAACUUGGGAACCCAAAGUUCUCCAUCAGAAGAAACAACACAGAGGCCACCUGAAGAUCGGAGAGUUGCAGCAGAAAAGGUUAAGGAACACUCUAAUACACCAGAACAGCCUCUACAAGGAAAAGAUAAACCGAGUUCAGGAUGCACAGACCUGCCAGAACAAUCUGCUGCCCAGAAACCAUUUCAGACACAGAAAUCAACUGAUCCCCAGGAUGACAGAAAAGCUGAGACUCAAGAGUCGGGAAACAGUGCUGACAGGACACCAUCUGAGACAAAGAACUUAGCUGAACCCAAAGGUAAUGGUAGAACACCUGAGAACCAAGAACCCCCAGCACAAGAAAAAGAACAUGAAACAAACAACUUGCCAGUCCAAGGUGAUAGCAGAAAUAUUUCAGAAAUACCUGAUGUUAAAACUGAAAAGAAAGAGCAGGGAGAUCCUGAGGCCCACGAUACAGUAAGGCAGGAAGAAAGUGAGAGAAAGACUCAGCCACCAGCCCUGGAAGAUAAAGCACAGGAUGGUAAGUAUCAGGAACUCCAGCAAUCAUCAAAUGAAAGGGAUGCUGAAGAAAGUUCUAAGACACAAGAGUUACGCUCAGAUGGAGGAGAUCAGAAUCAUCCUGAAAUUGAAGGAGCAGUCACCCCAGGAGAAGAGGCAAGACACGCUGAGGAAGGACUUGUGAGCAGCAAAAAUGCCCCUGCAGCAGGAAGGAAACCAGGAGCAAGAGAAAGAAUAUGGAAAUUGUCACCACUUGAGAACCAGUCUGGAGGAGAAAAUAAGAGGGUCACCAAGACUCAUGACAAGCCAGUCAAGGAGGAUGAUAGUUACCAGGAGGAAGAUGAUGAGCCAACAGUCACACAGAAUGAUAAAGGGUCUUCUGAAACCCCCAACAGACUGACUCCAGACGGUGGUGACAGCAGCUCAGAGGCAAGUGAUCUGCCUAUGCAAGGGGAUUCCCAGAGUCAAGUAGACUCACUCAGAGAGUUUGUGCAAGGAAGUCACAAUAAUAACCCAGACACCCAGAAACAGGUAGCACUGGGUGAGAUAAACAAAACUCAGGAGGCAGUCAGAGGAGAUGCUGAGCAGCUCACAGAGGAACAGGAACAGCCUGAUGGAGAAGAGCACACAAUUUGGGGCUCAGGGACCAAAGAACCAGGUCCAGCUGUGGAGCCCAAUGGAACUUCGUAUGUCUCAACGUGUCCCAAACUUCUUUCCUUUUGGUCAUCCUCAACACAUUCAGAUGCAGAUUAA